AUGUCGAAACAUGUCCCCGACAUCCACAAAGCAAACCAAUCCGAUUCCACGGGAGGCGUCCAAAUUACAAGAAUCCAAAUCGUCGUCAGUUUCCUUCCCAAAAAACACAUUCAUCUAUCCCAUCCUCAGUGCAAAAGACUCGUCCAUAAACACAUUACUAACAACCAGGCCGGAGUUAAGGUUGCCGAAUUGAGAACUAAGUCUAAGGAGCAGUUGGAGCAGCAGUUGCUCGAGUUGAAGCAGGAGCUUGCUUCUCUCAAGGUCCAGAAGUUGACCAGACCAGCUGUUCCUCAGAUUGGUGUUGUCAGAAAGGACAUUGCCAGAGUUUUGACUGUCAUCAACGCUCUCCAAAGAGAGAACGUCAGAGCUUUCUACGCUGACAAGAAGCUCAUUCCAAAGGACUUGAGAGAGAAGAAGACCAGAGCUUUGAGAAGAGCCUUGUCCAAGCAGGACGCUGCUAGAAUCACUCCAAGAGAGAGAAAGAGAAGAGCUGCUUUCCCAAAGAGAGUUUACGCUAUCAAGGCUUAA